UUUAACCUGGACACGUCCUCCAAACACCCCAGGGUUCCUUGCCCAACCUCCUCGAAUACAGCCUCUCUGCGAGUUUCCCUCUCCCUGACUCAGCCGCGCUUGUCCCUGCCUUUUCAGCGCUACCUGCCCUCAGUCUAGGACCCGGCUCCUUUCCUCUCGCCGGUGUCUCCCCGCCACCCGCGGAGGGGAGGGCGGACCCCAGCCUCCCUGCCGCCUGCCCCGCCUCCCCGCCGGCCCGGCUCGGGCCGCGCAGGCGCACGAGGCGCGGCCCGGAGGCCGAGGGCGACCACAGCAGCCUCCGCCUCCCACUGCUCCGUACGAUUCUGCCCUGGGCUAGUCGGCGGUGACCUGGCCUGAGCCCGGCAUUGGCUUCGCGCGCGACGCGUCGCCAUGGGCUCUCGUUGGAGCAGCGAAGAGGAGAGGCAGCCGCUGCUGGGGCCCGGGCUCGGGCCUGGGCUGGGGGCCUCCUGGAGAAGCCGGGAGGCGGCGGCGGCGCUGCCCGCGGCGGUCCCGGGUCCCGGGCGGGUGUACGGGCGCCGCUGGCUGGUGCUGCUGCUCUUCUCGCUGCUGGCGUUCGUUCAGGGCCUGGUCUGGAACACCUGGGGUCCCAUCCAGAACUCGGCGCGCCAGGCCUACGGCUUCUCCAGCUGGGACAUCGCGCUGCUCGUGCUGUGGGGGCCCAUCGGCUUCCUGCCCUGCUUCGCGUUCAUGUGGCUCCUGGACAAGAGAGGUCUCCGGAUAACUGUGCUCCUGACAUCCUUCCUUAUGGUUUUGGGAACUGGUCUAAGAUGCAUACCUAUAUCAGACUUAAUGCUUAAAAGAAGAUUAAUUCAUGGAGGACAGAUGUUAAAUGGAUUGGCAGGUCCAACUGUAAUGAAUGCAGCACCAUUUCUCUCCACAACGUGGUUUUCUGCAGAUGAAAGGGCCACAGCCACAGCUAUUGCAUCAAUGCUCAGUUAUCUUGGGGGAGCAUGUGCAUUUUUAGUUGGACCACUUGUUGUUCCAGCUCCCAAUGGGACAUCACCUCUUCUCGCUGCAGAGAGCAGCAGGGCGCAUAUUAAAGAUCGCAUAGAGGCUGUGUUAUAUGCAGAAUUUGGAGUUGUCUGCUUAAUAUUUUCUGCAACACUAGCGUAUUUCCCACCCCGACCUCCUCUUCCUCCCAGUGUUGCUGCAGCUAGCCAGCGGUUGAGUUAUCGGAGAAGCGUCUGUAGAUUAUUAAGCAAUUUUAGAUUUUUGAUGAUUGCUUUAGCAUAUGCCAUACCACUUGGUGUAUUUGCUGGCUGGUCUGGAGUUCUGGACUUAAUUUUAACACCAGCGCAUGUCAGCCAAGUAGAUGCUGGCUGGAUUGGAUUUUGGUCCAUAGUUGGAGGCUGUGUUGUUGGAAUAGCUAUGGCAAGGUUUGCAGAUUUUAUCAGGGGUAUGCUGAAACUAAUUCUUCUCCUCCUGUUUUCUGGAGCUACGCUGUCAUCCACGUGGUUCACCCUGACCUGUUUGAACAGCAUCACACACCUACCUUUAACCACAGUGACGUUGUAUGCCUCCUGUAUUCUCCUGGGAGUGUUCUUGAAUAGCAGUGUACCUAUAUUUUUUGAGCUUUUUGUGGAAACUGUCUACCCAGUCCCAGAAGGAAUUACUUGUGGAGUUGUCACUUUUUUAAGUAAUAUAUUUAUGGGAGUACUUUUAUUUUUUCUCACAUUUUAUCACACAGAGUUGUCUUGGUUCAACUGGUGCCUUCCCGGGUCGUGUUUGCUCAGUCUCCUCCUCAUUCUAUGCUUCAGGGAAUCCUAUGACAGACUCUAUCUUGAUGUGGUUGUCUCCGUUUAAUAGCACAGACUUGAAGGAGUUUAAAAGGAGGCUGGAAAUCAAUACUGCACACUGCACAUUUGCUCGGAAUUGCACAUCUAACAGGAAAAGAGGGAGAAGAAAGAAACUUCAUUCAGAGGUUUUGUUAGGUUACAGAUUAUCACAUUAAUUUAAUUACUACUAGGUAAUAAUAAUAAUAAUGGGAGACUUGAGUGAUAAUAGGGGAUUUUAAAACUCUACAGAUGGCAUACCUGUGCCUGAUUCUGGGGUUGGAAGUGUGACUUCUUACACGUAAAGCACUACCUAAGUAAUACUCUCUCUGUUUUGUGCCAGUGCUAAACUACUGAUUACUUGUAAUUAUGAAAAGAAAUAAAGGGUGUCUAUCACAUGAGGAUAACGCCUUCCCUAAGUCACAUAAUCAGAAUAGGAAGAUAUGCCACUAACUUCUAAAGAAGUUCAAACCCUGUAUCCAGUUUUAAUGAUAAAAUAGCCAAGAGGUAUAUCGAUGAUAGAAAUUAGCCAUGUGUACACUACAUUUUUUCUAAUAAAGCCAUUUCUUAUAUGACUCCUUAUUUUAAUCAGGUCAGAAGCCCUUGGCCAUCUUUACUAUGGUGAUCAGGUGCUUUCCAGUGACUUCCGAGCAUAGGCACUGUGUCUCCAUCUCAACUUAUCCUUGUUUCUGUGAAAUACAAUUUCAUCUACUAGGCCCUUAAAUAAUUAUGUGAGGGUGACUAAAUGUUUAGUGUAAUUACAUUAAAUAUUGUAUGAAAAAUGUAAUUCCAUUAGGAUCUAGCACUUUGUUACAAAUGAAAUGACAAGUCACAUAGACAUACUGUGUCUUCUGCCUGUUUAUGGUGGCAUGAGAUGUAACGUCCAGAGCCAACCAUUAUUUACCAGGGUUAGAUUUUAUUCAGUGACCCUAGUUUAAAAAUAAUAAUUUAUCACAUUGAAACUCAGCCCUGUGGAAUGAUUUCUGAAUUACAUCCUGUGUUUCAGCUUAGGUUGUAAAAUACUCCAUUCUCUGUGGAGUCAGUGUAUUUGAGAGGGCAGUGUUUUGCCAGUACCUAUCUUCUUUCUAUAGACGAUAGCUUUUUAAAAAAUAAGAGUUCCACAUUGGGUAGCUCUCAGAAACAGAUUUCACCGUGACAUAAAAUACGCUGCAGUGGGAGUAUGGUAUCACCACUAUUCAUAUUUACAUCAUUCCCCUCACACAGAAAAACCAACCCUUUUCCCAAAAAGUCAAGAAUACUACUAUACCUUUAUUAUUCUCAGCUUCCUCCAGCCCCUCUUCUUGUUUUUCCUCACUUGAAAUUGUACGUUCAUUGUCAGCUAAGUAUAUAUACUUUUGUGUUUUUCUGGACAGAGUGCAAGUGGCUCUUAUUAGCCAAGGUGGUGAAGUAUGGUUCAGGAAAGCUGGGCAACACUGGGCCCUGCUCCUCUCUGCACCUGUGUACGCCAUGACACACCCAUAUGCAGAUCCCCAAGUCUCUCUCCCCUCCCCCUUAGCAAGUACAAGGCUGUGCAUUAACUCACCUCGGUCCUAGAGGAGCAACCUAGUACUGCUUGGCAACUUCUAAGACCCUAACUUGUGAAACUAGGGAAGUAAGAAACCGUUCAAAUUUAACAUCUGUCUUCAGUCAUCUUUAAAUCAUCUGUCUUUAUAAACACCCUGCUCACAUAGCAGAAAGACUGAAGGAACUAAGGAACUUGCUAAAGAGAAGAAGAAAAACAAAAGCUAGACUUAGUUCCAGUUAAUUCUGUAAUUCUUCUGAAAUAAAAAUGAAAUAAAAGGAA